AAGGAAUUUUCCUCUGGGAAGAUAGAAUUCUGGAAGAUCAAGGUCACCCUGAGCUACAAGCUUUGAUCCUUUGGAAAGGAAACAGAGCUCACACAAAGGGAAACUGAGUCUCUGGAAGGGCCCAACAAAAAUGGAUCCAAACAAACUUUCAAUGGAAGAGGGCAAGGAAUUCUUAAAACUGUGUGGGAUCCCACAAAGAGAUAUCGAUUUGAUGACAGAGAAAUGGGAAGUUGUUGCCUCUGUGGAGGCUUUGAUUCGAUUCCCACUGCUGCCAGGGGAAGACCCCACAGCCCGUUGCAUUUCGAGGAAAAACAGUCAACCUGCAGUGUCCCAACGAGACCGGAUUCCACAAAAUAAUGAAGACCAAGAAAAGAGGAAGAACAAUAAUCAAUCACUGAAAGAUUUUGACAAGAAGCCACAUGUUACAAAGGUGAUGACAAGGCAUUGCAUAGAAACUCCUUCUGAAAGACCCACUGGAGAAAAGAUUCAGAAGAUAAACUGCUUUGGAGCAGUGAGAAAAAGGACUAAGCCCGAAGAGGAGAAAGAAACAACGGUAAAAAGCAAGAAAUGUUGCUCAUUUGCACACACAGCAAGGAGCAAGAUGUGUCUCCUAAAACACUGGCAUGAAGCCCUUCCUGUACAGCCUCUGGGUUCUAACAAUCAGAAAGAGAUGAUGAAUCCAAUGGAGGCAAGAAGUGCUUCAAAUGAAAACUCUGCCAAAGGUAUCUUCGAGAAGCUCCUCAAAGAAGAAAAUGAACAGCGAGGAAGAAACUUGUUUCUUUUUGAGG